AUGCAGAGGAAGAAUAAUGGCACACCAGGAACACAACCAGCAUGUGCAGCAUGCAAGCAUCAAAGGAAAAAGUGUCACGAUGGGUGCGUAUUGGCGCCUUACUUUCCUGCUGAUAGAACCCGGGAAUUCCUCGCUGUGCAUAAAGUUUUCGGGGUAAGCAACGUAACGAAGAUGGUGAAGAAUGCCAAUGAAGCGAAUCGGAGAAAGGUGGUUGAUUCGUUGGUCUGGGAAGCUCUUUGUAGGCAAAAAGAUCCCGUGCUGGGUCCUUACGGGGAGUACAGGAUGGUUUUUGAUGAGCUAAAGCGAUAUAAAAACCAUGAAAUUCAAAUGGUUCAUCCUUCACAAGUGCAAAAGGGAAUGUGUUUUAGUAAAUCUUUGUCGGAUUUUGUUGGUUGGAAUUGUGGAGGAGCUAAUGGAAUCAGUAAUCACAACAUUAAUUUGGGUGGUUAUCUUCAUGAGAACGAGAAUGUGAUAAUAGAUUCAGCCUCAUAUGGUUAUCCUUCAAAUUGUGAGUUACAAAGUCCAGAGAAUAUCAUAAAGCAAGCAAAACUGGUUGAUUCUGUUGUUCUUCCACUAAACCAGCACCAGCAGCGUUCAAUCAACAACAUUAAUCAGCAGUAUUAUCUUUCAGGUCAACUUAAUCAAAUCAUUAGCAAGCCCAUAGAAGACACAAUAUGGGAAGGAGGAACAUAAUACUCUUUGCAUAUAUGGUGAAAUCGUUUGUCUUCUGUUUUUCAAGUUACCACCUUCCUUCAUCAGAGCUGGACUGGUUGAGGAUAGAACAAAAUCUCUUAUGUCAUUUUCUUCUUUUAAUCAUUCACCUCACCUGUAUCAGACAUAUUUCUCCUGAAGUGAUAAUUAAACGUUGUUAGCUAUAUAUAUCAUUACAUUCUUGGGCAA